AUGCUUCAAAAAUUGCUGGGUCUUUUGUUACUGACAGCAAUCGUUUUGGCAAAACCCGGAGACGAUCCGCGGGAUGCGUCGGAAUGGCGCAGACCGACCGAGACUCGGUACAGCAGUUCAUCUCUCCCGGCUCUCUCAAUCUCAUGCUUUCUCAUCAUCGUUGUUCUGGAUCUUCAACGUCACUAUCGCUUUUUCAACUUUGUA